GUGAUUUUAUGUCAGAAGAAGACUAAAAAAACCUGCAAAAUCAAAUCCUCGCAAGACUCGGUGAGACCGGAGAAGAAGCCAAAGCAGAGAGAGUGAGAGAGAUAGAGAGAUUCUCCGGUGAUAACAUUGAAGCUGUGGGAGCAAUGUAUCCGUCUGGUCAUCAGAUUUCGUUUCAGAGCACUCCUUCGAAUGUUCGAGAUCCAUCACCGAUGAUGAUGGGGUCGGACCAAUCUUCACCAGUUCCAAGAAAUGAAACUCAGAAUGGAGGAGUAGGAGGAGGAGGCAUUGCUCAAGCUGAGUUUGCUAUUUUCAAUUCCAAGAGGCUUCAGUCUGAUCUUGAAGUUAUGGGUAACAAAAUCAAACAGCAUGAGGAUAAUCUCAAGUUUCUCAAGGCUCAGAAAACCAAAUUGGAUGAAGCAAUCCUCGACUUGCAAGUUCAUAUGAGCAAGCUUCAUUCGUCUCCUGCUCCUACAAGUGAAAACUCUGAUGCCAAUCUUCAAGGUGAAGAUAUUAAUGAACAGAUCCUUCGCCACGAAAAAUCAGCUGCUGGAGUUUUAGGUCUAGUUGAGACUAGUCAUGGCGCUCAGGCUUCUCAGUGGAUGCAGACAAAAGGUGUUGUUGGUGUUGUAGCGAAACUUGCGAAGGUCAAUGAUGAGAACCUCAGCCAGAUUCUGUCAAAUUAUUUAGGGACGCGCUCGAUGUUGGCAGUUGUAUGCAAGAAUUAUGACAAUGUUACAGCUUUAGAGAGUUAUGACAACCAAGGCAACAUUGAUAGAAAUGCUGGCCUUCACGGACUUGGCGCUUCAAUUGACAGAACGAUUGAAGACAAUUUUGAUGUCAUCUGCCUUGAGAACCUGAGGCCGUAUGUUGGUCAGCACAUAGCUGAUGAUCCGCAAAGAAGGCUUGAUCUUCUGAAACCAAAAUUGCCUAAUGGUGAGUGUCCUCCCGGGUUUCUCGGAUUUGCAGUGAAUAUGAUACAAAUCGAUCCAGCGUACUUGCUCUGUGUCACAUCAUAUGGAUAUGGUCUUCGUGAGACCUUGUUCUACAGUCUAUUCUCCCGCCUUCAAGUUUACAAAACAAGGGUCGAUAUGAUUAGUGCCCUCCCAUGCAUAAGUGAUGGUGCAGUAUCUUUGGAUGGAGGAAUCAUCAGGACACCGGGGAUCAUCAACCUUGGAAACCGUGAUCAGGUGAACGUGAGAUUUGCAAAGCCAAUUGCUUCACACACAAUGGACAACUAUAAUGAGACAGAAAAGAAAAUGAAAGAGCUGAAAUGGAAGAAGGACAAAACGCUGGAGGACAUGAAGCGAGAGCAAGUGCUCCGUGAGCAUGCUGUCCUCAACUUUGGCAAGAAGAAAGAAGAGUUUGUUCUAUGCUUGACUCAGAGUUCAUCGGCAAAUUAGGUCGUGAGACUUAUUCUCAUGUCUCUUCUAUCAUACAAAUGAACACACCCAGAUAGAAGGAGAGCAAGCAAAGACGCAUGGAACUCUAAGUGACAGUGACCCUUCCUCCUGAAGGAAUCCUAUUUUCACUAUAAAAAGUUGUUUCCAAGCUUAACUUUUGAUGUUUUUCCAUGGAAAUCCUCUUCUUAUCAGAGAGAUGAUAUAGAUUUUAAAUAAAUUUUCUGGAAGGGUAGUAAAACGGUUUGGUAUAGAAAGGUUAGCUUCGGUUCUGCGUUUCUAGUCUUUUUAUUUGUUUUGGUUUUGACUUGACCGUGUGUGUAUAUAAUCUAUAAUUUUCUAGGCUU